CUGAAAGGUGGGGUUGGGCGGGGGCGCUGCGGGCCCCACCCCGGGAUCCGGUGACGCCGGGGCUGGAAUUUGACACCGGAUGGCGGCGGGCAGGAGGCUGCCGAGAGAUGGAGUUGAGCCCGGCCCCCAGACACGGCCCACGGGCUCUGCCAGCAGCAGGUCCCUCGGGCGCCAGCCCUACUGUGUCCCGGACCCAGAGCCCUGCACUGCGGGCGCACACCGGCUGCCAAGGCCACACUCUUGGCUAAGAGACGCGCUGCCAGGGGCAGAGCCCUGGGCAUGAGCCUGUUCAGCUGCGGAGGAAAGGCCAGCACUGGUCCCAGGAAAGGUGCCUAGAAGAACACGGAGGAGGACCCUCCCGCGCUACUUCUCCUCCUGGCUUGAGUCCAGCUGUCCGAGCCCCUUGGACCUCGUCUGGAGACACCGAAGUGGAGGGAUGACCUGCCCAAAGGAUAACUCCUCUCUCAAUGUUCCAAGUUGCCUCGAGAGGAGGGGCGGCGACCAGGUCAGCCGCGGCUGAUGGGAGCUCCGGGUCCUGACAGAGAUGGAGUCCGGAUGUGGAAGCCCUUCCGUGCUGCCCCCCUGGCCGCAGCCUAGGCGGCAGCCCGCCCUGUGGCCCGCCCUGGCCGCCCUGGCCCUGCUCAGCAGCGUCGCCGAGGCCUCCCUGGGCCCCGCGCCCCGCAGUCCCGCCCCGCGCCUCGGCCCGGCUCCGGCCCCGGCGCCCCCUACGGGCCACCUGCCGGGGGGCCGCGCGGCGCGCACGUGCGGCGGAAGAGCCCGGCGGCCGCCGCCCCCGCCCCGGGCCGCGCCCGCGCCGCCCGCGCCCUCGCCCGCGCCCUCCCGCGGGGGCCGUGCGGCGCGGGCGGGGGGCCGGGGGGGCCGCGCGGGGGCGCGGGGCUGCCGCCUGCGCUCGCAGCUGGUGCCGGUGCGCGCGCUCGGCCUGGGCCACAGCUCCGACGAGCUGGUGCGCUUCCGCUUCUGCAGCGGCUCGUGCCGCCGCGCGCGCUCCGCGCACGACCUGAGCCUGGCCAGCCUGCUGGGCGCCGGGGCGCUGCGGCCGCCCCCGGGCUCGCGGCCCGCCAGCCAGCCGUGCUGCCGCCCCACGCGCUACGAGGCCGUCUCCUUCAUGGACGUCAACAGCACCUGGAGGACCGUGGACCGCCUGUCGGCCACCGCCUGCGGCUGCCUGGGCUGAGGCCUCGCCCCGGGGCCCGGCGGACUGCACCCUCGGCCGCGGGGCCCCCUCGGAGCCGGCGGGUGAGUGAUGCCAGCAGCCCCGAGAGGCGGAGGGCCCACGGACCCGCGCCCCCAGGGUGCCCGCCCCGCAGACACGGACACGUCGGCUCUGGAGCCCGCAGGACCCGCUGCGCACGGACUGGCACGGACCAGGCCCCACGGACCAGGCCCCGGAGCCAGCCCCGCCCCCAACCCUGCAGUCGCCCAGCGCCCCCCCCCCCCUGCAGUGGCCGGGCCGCCAAGCCUUGACCAGGCCUGGGGGGCGCGGACCGGAGGAGGAGGCGCGGUUGCAUUGCGCGCACUGGCCUAUACCCACUGGCGGGAGCUGGACCCCUAUUUAUUACUCUUAAGUUAUUUAUUUACUUCCGUGCUGUGUCGGAUCCUUUCCCGGGCAGUGGGGCUGACUGCGUCAAAGCCGCUGAUGGCCGUGGAGAGUCAGGAAUCGGGCCUGGCCCGGAUUUUCCAUUGCUCGCCUCCAUCCUGCAGUUCUGGGACAUGGGGCACGGAACACAGGCAGAGCGGGUGGCACAGGUGUGUUCUCUGACCCAACAGGCCAGCUCUCACAUGCACGCACAGUCCCCAGUGCUCGGGACCUGAAGUUACAAGAAAACCCUACCCUUGGGACAGACCCCAGGCUUUCUGGGGGCCUCGAUGUUUAAUGACACAGUGAACCACACCUUGCCCCAUCCCACUGUCACUAAUCUGUGUCCUACCCUCCAGGGCACCCUGACAUGCGCAUACACUGCCUCUGCUUGUAGACAAUCCAGCAUGGGGGGCGCUCACUACCCACGUUCCAUGAAGCAGCCCAGGGUAAAAGAGCUGCAGAAAAGGCUGGGGCUGGGGAAGAAGGAGGCUGGUUUCUGGAGGAACGAAGCAGAGAGCGUCAAGGCAAUAGAAAGGCAGGAAAGGACUGAGAGACCCCAAGAGGGAUCUGCAAUUUUGAGUGAUGAACAAGGAUAUUUAUUCAUUCAACAAACAGUGAUUAGUUACCUAUAUGUCAGACACUAGGGAGACCCCAGAGAUACAGAAGUGAAAGGGACAUGAUCCCUGCCCUGAAGCUUAAGUCAGGACAAAUUCAAUUUGACAAACCGUAUGAAAAAGGACAAGAAGCAAAGAGGUAUACACAUUCAUCUGGAAGGAAGAAGGGGUUAGUGCUGACCCUGGCCUUCACAGUGUCCCCAAGUCAUCUCUCAAAAGUCCAUACAACCCCUCUGAGCUUUCCUGCAUGUCCUGUGAAAUCCUGUUUCCUGGGUCCUACGAAUUUGUCCAAUAUGAUGAUGUUCUUUGGAAAGAAGAUGAGGGCAUGCGUUUGGAAAGGAUGCCAACUCAGAGGAACCACCAGGCAUAUAGAGGGGUUGUCGGUGGCCUUUCACUGGCCUGAAGCUGAGGAGGGAGGUCUGGGCUGGAGACUGUGCUGGCAGCUGUGAGCACAAGGGCAGUAGCUGCGGCCGAGGUGCGUGGGAGCACCAUGGGAGUGAGCCGGCUGAGGCUGGGACCCCUCAGCCAUCUGCCACUGCUAACCAAAAUUCCUUGCAAACUGUCUAAGUGCCUGCCUGCUUUGGCACAGGUGCCCCCGUCACCCAGGACAGGGCGAGGAGCAGGCAAAAGUGAGGGCUGUGUGCAUUCUGGGUCAAGGAGAAACCAGUCUGGGCUUCCAGUCUUCUGUGCUCACUGCCCCAGUUCUAGAUGCUCCCAAAACUCUGGUGCUCACACCACCUUCAAACCCUCCUUUGGUCCCUCUCUCUGCCUCCAAACUGAUUCAGGAUCCUCAGUCUCCUGCCCUCCCACUCCCACCCGGAAGAUAAUGGCACCAGUGCCAUACAGUUUGCAGAUGCCUCGUGGAGGCCUGGGCCCUGGCCCCGGUUGAGGAUGGAGGGGGCAUCCUGUUGAGCAGGGUCAUUGGGCCCAGAGAGCCCCUGCUGGAAAGACUUGAAAGCCUAGCCUAGCCCCCAAGCCCUCCAAGGAGGCUGACUGAGGCCACCUCUGACAAUGCUCACAGCAAGAGAGCCAGGUCAGACCCCAAGCCAAUGGUGCUGGUUCUCAACUGUCCCCAGACUGCCAGUCCUGAAGCCAGUAGGGUCCCUCCAACUGCAUUCUGGGCCCCAGAGAGAUUGUGCCCAACAUCUCACAAAGUCCUAGAUGAAACAGAACCUUUUCCAAGAACACAUUCCGAAAUCCCUCUUUAAAAAAAGUAAAUAAAGCCACUUUCCCCCCAAAAGGAACAAGCCCCAGAGCUAUAGUUCUCUGCCUACGACCUGACCAGGAGAGCACUUUCCACUCCUGAGAGUCACAGGUGGUUCUGGUAGCUCUAUUUUUGACCGCAGUCUUCGUUUCACAUUUGCAAAGCUACAUUGCCCCUUUGAGUGGUCUUCCUAGAACCGAGGUACGGUCUCCUCCAAAGGGCCAUCAAGUCACCACCUCUUGUAUGACGAAAAACUACAGGCAGCUUUGAAAUGGCAGCUUUCCAGCUUCAGGGAGCACCCAACUGCCCUCUAGAUUUGGUUCAUCCAGGAAUCGAGGUUUGGGGUUCCAUGUGCUUUCCUGAACUUUCCAACGGCUUUCCUCCUCUCUUGUCCAAGGAUUGCCCUAUUUCCCCUGGCUCGAGACCCCUGCGGCAGAGUGUCGGUGCACUGGCCGACUCCCUGAGGUCUCCUCCAGAAAAGGAGAGGCUGGGUAGAAAACUGAGGGAUCAGAGAAAAGAUGUUGGAGAGUCUAUGCCACAUGAGAUCCCCUUUAUUGUUCACAGCAGUGUUCUUAACCUGUUUUGGGGCUGUAGAGUCCUUAGAGAAUCUGAUAACAGCCAGGGAUUCUCUCCCUGCGCCCCCCCCCCCCCAUGAUGAAAAGACCAUUCUUCAAAUUUAUCCUACGUCCUACAGAUAGGUAUUUGUUGAACAACUAGAUUCCCACAGGAUUUUGCUUCCACACUUAAUCAAGCUCCCCACCUCACCAGCGUCUCUCUAUUCUUCAAGCUCAGACUAGGUUUCUCCUCCUCAGGGGAGCCUACACUCAUCGUCUUUGGCCUUAGCAGGUAUUGCCAAUGUCAGCUUCUUCCACCUGAAUCCAGGUACAGAGGUCCUCCUUUCCCUUUUGAUCAUUAUUUUUUUUCCCCUGCUGGGAUAGCUGGCAAAAGUUAAUAAAAGGACAGAGAGGACAGGGCACCUGGCGGCUCAGUCAGGAGCGAGCAUGUGGCUCUUGGUCUCAGGGUUGUGAGUUUGAGCCCCACGUGAGAUUACUUAAAUAAAUAAACUUUAGGGGCCCCUGGGUGGCUCAGCGGUUGAGCGCCUGUCUUUGUUUGGCUCAGGUAGUGAUCCUGGGGUCCUGGGAUUGAGUCCCGCAUCGGGCUGCCUGCAGGGAGUCUGCUUCUCC